AUGGCUUCACCUGUGUCAGCUUCGGGGAAUCCCAAUAACCCUAACUUGAUGAUUUCUUCGCCGUUUCCCCCACCCUCUGCUUCUUAUACGCAGCCGACUGGAGACGGAGGCGGAGGCAGAGGCAGCGUGCGUUACAACCGCACCAUUUCUAAAGGCCGGCAUUUGAGUGGCUAUCACAUUCUAUACGAUAUAGAUGUGAGAUUGCCUGGUGAGGUGCCGAUUAAAGCCGAUCAACGUCAAAAGUGUUUUAACAUCAACGAUUCAAGGUCUGGUCUUGAUGAGAGGGUUACAGACCUGGCUUUCUUUGCCGAGGAUGUUCACCUUUUGGCUAGUGCAAGUGUUAAUGGGCGGGUUUAUAUAUGGAAAAUCACUGAGGAUGAGGACAACAAGCACAAGCCACAAAUAACAAGCCAGAUAGUCAUUGCUAUUCAAAUUGUGGGAGAAGGAGAAUCUUUUCACCCACGAGUCUGUUGCGAAAAACAAGAAAUUCUUGUUGUUGGGAUUGGAAAAAGAGUUCUGAAAAUUGAUACCACAAAAGUUGGAAAAGAUGAAGUAUUUUCAGCGGAAAAACCGCUGAGGUGUCCAGUUGACCGCUUUGUUGAAGGUGUCCAGCUUGUUGGUACUCAUGAUGGAGAAGUGACUGAUUUAUCGAUGUCUCAGUUGAAGACCACCACUCUUCUUGUAUCUGCUUCAGUAGAUGGCAUGAUAAAGAUUUGGGAGGAUCACAAAUCAAUCCCAAUUGCUGUACUGAGGCCACAUGAUGGCCAGCUUGUAAAUUCUGUUACAUUUUUUGCUCCUCCAAACAACCCUGACCACAUCAUACUAAUUACUGGGGGCCCACUUAAUCGAGAAGUGAAGAUAUGGUCAUCAGCAAGUGAAGAAGGCUGGUUGGUUCCAAGUGAUGCUGAGCCAUGGCACUGUACACAGACAUUAGAGCUGAAGAGUUCAGCUGAAACUCGAGUUGAAGAGGCCUUUUUUAAUCAAGUUGUGGCUUUUCCACGAGCUGGUUUACUCUUAUUAUCAAAUGCCAAAAAGAAUUCUAUAUAUGUAGUGCACCUAGAAUAUGGUCCUAACCCGGCAGCCACAAGGAUGAAUUACAUUGCUGAAUUUACUAUUACUAUGCCAAUACUUAGUUUCACUGGGACAAGGGACCUACUGCCAUGUGAACAUUUAGUUCAGGUGUAUUGUGUUGAAACACAGGCUAUUCACAAGUAUGCUCUGGACUUAUCACAGUGUUUACCUCCUCCAUUCGACAAUGUUGUGCUUGAGAGGUCAGAAUCUAGUACUGAACAAGAAUUUAAUACUUAUGUUCAUGAUUUAUGGGUUCGUCAUCUUCAAGAAGAAAGUGCAAAGCAGGAAAAGCUGGAAAAGCUGUUACAUGACCAUACUCAACAGAUGACUAAUAUGAUCUCCAAGGAAUUAAGUGCCAUUAGUCAAACUGUUGUGCAGGCUAUAACACCCAUUAUAGAGAAAACAGUAUCGAAAGCUAUUUCAGAAGCCUUUCAGAAGGGCGUCAGUGAUAAGACUGAGUCAAUUGGAGAAAACAAUCAAGGCUAAACUUCAAACUUCUGGCAAGCAAGCUCUUCAGGGCAUAAUGAAGUUGAGCAUUCAUUAUACAAGCCAACUCAAGGCUAAGAUCCCGUGGUUGGACGAGAUACAAACUAAUAGGGAAAGUAAUAGUCAACUUUCAUAUGAUGCUGCAAAUAGUAGGCUAUGUGCAUUAAGAUUUAAGAAAGAAACUACAGUAAUUGAUGCAUGAUAAAAGAGUAUUUUGAUCAAAGAUC